GUGUGUAUGAAACGGUGUGUCGCGUUAUUUAUCAUGGCAUAGAAUGCCAAAAUACUUUCAUUUGAUUCGUAACAUACUACGAUUUUAUUCGCUUUUUACGUCCGCGAAACUCAAACGUACGUGAAGUAGUAGUGUAGAAAACGAAACCUUAGCCAAGCGGUGUUGAUAAAUGGCGAAAAUAUUGCAUUUGUGUGUUGUGUAGUGGUGGUAAGAGAUGGAUCGUCGGUGUUCUCAGUCGGUUCGGACGCUCAAUUUCGACGAUUCUGACACUGAUUUGUCGAAAAAUGAGCCGAAGAAGGAUCUGUCGGCGUCUGGGCCGCCGUCUUCGUUGAACCAGAGUGCUGAAGAUGCGACGAAACGCACAAACCUAGUGCGUAUGCGCCGCUCAGCGCUCGGCAAGUCGGCACCUACACUCUCCGUCCAUGUGAAGGAGCAAUGCACGGUGUCGCGCCGGCCUUCGAGGCUGCCGCCGCCACCUCCGCACCACAGACUUUCACUGGUGGUGGGGUCAGGGCGGUGCAGCUCCCCCGGCACGGGCCCCCUCUCCCCCGCGGAGGGCCCGCGGUGGCCGCACGCCCACCACGCGCACCCUCUACACCACGCCCUGCUUUCCUCCAGCGUCAAGAGAGGGAAGGAGAUCGACGGGCGGAGGUGGUCGGUGGCGUCACUACCCUCGUCAGGCUACGGGACCACACCGGGCAGCUCUAGUUUAUCGUCACAAUGUUCGUCUCAGGAGAGGCUGCUAGCAGUGCAGGCGGCGUGCGAGCCGCCGCCACGUGCGCCGUGCCCGCACUGCCACCAGCAUCAGAACUCUUUAAACAGUUCACAAGGCAGCGGCAUGAACCACUGGGCGUCGUUAUCAGACAGCGGUGGCAGCGGACACAACGCGGCGCGCGCGCCUUCACCUCAGAGCCCUGCGCGGCGUGUGCGCAGUCGCAGUUUGAGUUCGCCCUCAAGGUCGCCAGGAGGUGCUGGCUCGAGCGGCGCGGAGGGCUCCAAAGAAGACGCGGUGUCCGCGAUGUCGUCGCUCUUCGCGGCUCGGUUCCCGGCCGCGCAGAAGGCGAUGGAUGAUAAAUUACGAUCUCUAAUAGAAGAACUGACUGAAUUAGAUAAGAAACCAGACCGACCGCCUAUCGAAAGAUUUGUUCAAAGACAGGUGUUGGAAAUGGCCCGGGACUGCUUGCACAAAUCCGAGUCAAAACAAGUUACGAGCAGCUAUUUCUACGACAUGGCCGAUAGUUUGGAUCGACUACUCGCUGAGACGCGAGAGAAGUCGGCGGAAGCGGGAAACCAGGUGGCGCCACUAGUCAACCGCCUCAUACUGGCGAUGGCCCGGCCGGCGAGGCUGUUGGAGUGCCUCGAGUUCGACCCCGAGCGUUUCUACCGACUGCUCGAGGCCGCUGAGGGACACGCCAAGAAUAUGCAGGGCAUCACAACGGAUAUCCCGCAGUACAUAAUACACAAGCUGGGCCUGUCGCGGGACCCGCUAGCUGAGCUACAGGUGCCGCCGCCACCGCCGCAGCCACAGAACAUAUCACCCUCCAAGUCGCGAGGCCGCCAGUCCCCGCCGGGCCACGGCACCAACGGCGCGCCGCCCUCCGAGAGCGACUACCAAGUUAUCAAGCUCAUAUCCAACGGGGCCUAUGGCGCAGUCUACCUCGUCAAACAUAAACAGACGAGGCAAAGAUACGCAAUGAAGAAGAUCAGUAAAAACAACUUAAUAUUAAGGAAUCAAGUGGAGCAAGCGUUCGCGGAGAGGGAUAUUCUCAGUUUUGCUGACAACCCUUUUGUGGUAACGAUGUACUGCUCGUUCGAGACGAAACGCCACCUGUGCCUGAUCCUGGAGUUCGUGGAGGGCGGCGACUGCGCCACGCUCCUGCUCAACGGACCGCUCCCGCCGGACAUGGCGAGGCAUUACUUCGCCGAAGCCGUGCUAGCUGUCGAGUACCUGCAUUCGUAUGGCAUCGUGCACAGGGAUUUGAAGCCUGACAACUUGCUCAUCACAGCAACUGGCCACAUAAAGCUAACUGACUUCGGACUCAGCAAGAUGGGUCUCAUGUCAUUGGCAACGAACUUGUAUGAAGAGUACGCCGACAGGGAAGCGAGGCAGUUCUCUGAUAAGCAGGUGUGCGGCACGCCCGAGUAUAUCGCACCGGAGGUCAUACUCAGGCAGGGUUACGGCAAGCCGGUGGACUGGUGGUCGAUGGGCAUCAUCCUGUAUGAGUUCCUGGUCGGCUGCGUGCCCUUCUUCGGAGACACGCCCGAGGAACUCUUCGCGCACACUGUCAAUGAUGACAUCGAAUGGCCGUCAGAAGAAGACUUCCCGAUAGCGGUGGAGGCGCGGGCGAUCAUAACGGAGCUGCUGGCUCGUAACCCUAGAGACCGACUUGGUACCGGGGGCACGCAUCAAGUCAAGGAACACGUUUACUUCUACGGGCUGGAUUGGAACAACCUCUUGAGACGGAAAGCGGAGUUCAUUCCUCAGCUGGAGAACGACGAGGACACCAGCUAUUUCGAUAGUCGGUGCGACAGAUACAACCACAGCGAAGUAGACACGGACGAGGCGGGCGAGAGCAACGAGCAAGGCGAGGAGGCGGGGGUAUUUGCCGCCUUCUCGAGCACCUCCCCGCAGUGGAGGCGGCACUACCAUCCCUCUGGAGUGUCGCAUGAUUCCAGGAGUACAGACAGUUGGCCUGGUACACCAGACAGCGCGGGACCGCCCACCACACCUACUGCGCCACAACAUCACCAUCCUAAAUGUCCGAUGAUCGGCGGCGGCAACGCGUCGACAGCGGAGUCGUCCCAGACGGACUCGGACGACGUGUCCCCCGCCGCGCGCCGCCGCGCCGCCCUGCGCCACCAGCCGCACUCCGCCGCGCCCAGCAUGGCGCUCGUGCCAAGACUGUCCGACAUGACCAGGAGGGAGGAGAGAAGUUUCGAUAAGACCGACAAGCCGGAGAAGUCGAAGCCUAUAGCGCUAGUGGCUCCCAAGUCGAUGAGGAGGUCCGCCAGUACUUCUGGACUAUCAUUGGUUAUACAUCCAGCGGAUGACGUGAGCGGCGGCGCGGCGUCGCCCUGCGCCGGCAACACGUCGUCCACCAACUCGUCGCGCGACUCGUCGCCGUGUCGCGACCCGCCCUCGCCCUUCGCGCUCGCUAAUCACUCGUUGAUCCAGUCAUCGAAGCCCCCGAUCGUGGUGCGCCGCGGGCCGCGCGGCUUCGGCUUCACGAUACACACUGUCCGUGUCUACUACGGCGACACUGACUACUACACCAUGCAUCACUUGGUCUCGGCGGUGAGCGAGCAGGGCGCGGCGUGGGCGGCGGGGCUGCGCGCCGGGGACCUCAUCACGCAGCUCAACGGCGAGUCCGUGCAGGGGCUGCUGCACACACAGGUCCUACGGUUGUUACUGGCUGCCCCGCACGCAACGUUACGAGCCACUCCGCUAGACCAGACUACUAUUCAGGCGGGCGGGCGGCGCCGUAUCGGUGGCGGGCGGCGUGCGUCGGCGCCGCCGCGGCCGCGCCCGCGCCGCCGCUGCUCGCUGUUCCGGAGGAUAUCCACCAAGAGAGCCUCGCAGGAGAUGCACCAGAUGGUGUCAGGCGGCAGCGGCGAUUGCCCCUCGUCACCGUCCGCGUCCCCCGCCGCAGACAGUCCCCUGCACACCACCACACACUACCAACGUCCUUCGUCACUGCACGGUCUAAAGCACAAGCUGGUAGCUGGCGGCAGCGGCGAGGUGCGGCGCGCGUCGCUACAACACAUGCCGCUGUCGCCGCUGGCGAGGACGCCGUCGCCGUCGCCGCAGCCGCAGCCGGCCUCGCCGACCAGUCGUUGCGAGGCGCGCAGCCCGUCCCCGCUGGCGGCCCGCGAGUGCGGCGGCCGGCGCGCAUGGGCGCGGCGGGACCCCGCCUCGCCGCUGCUGCGGCGGGCGCUGUCGCCCGACAGACUCCACCCGCGUUCAGCCGAGUCCAAGUGCUCCAUCUCCCCGCUGUGCUGCGGCGGCGCGGUGUCCAGCACCAUGUCGGUGCCGGUGGCGGGGUGCGCGCGGCGCGGCGUGGUGUGGCGUGCGCCGGCGCCCGCGCCGCCCACGCCGCCGCCGCAGGACAAGCCCGACGAGCCGCCGCUGCCGCGCAGUGCUGAGGAGAAGGUCCCCACACAUCACGCUAGGGCGCUGCCUAACAGGACGCCAGCCAAACAAACGACGCCGAGCAUCUUCACGUCGUCUCCUAAGACGAGUCUGGACAGCAAGUUCGAUGCGUCCACGUCUUUCGCCUCUCUGUCGCUGUCGGACGAGUCCUUCGCCGCGGACACGUCUGCUGACGCAUCUAACUUGGACACGUCGCGAGAUAUUGUUGACGACAGCCGUUCAAGCACAGAAACAUCGACAACGACGCACACAACAGCAGAAGACAAAUCCAAAAAGUCAAACACAACACAAGAAACACCACCGAACAUUGACACGCAGCCCAAAACAAGAAAGAAAUCAGACUCUAGCCUCAAAGAUGAGGACACGAAAGGAAAAGACAAGAAAACAAGGGAAAAAGAUAAACCAGAACUCAAGAAACAAGACUCCGUCAAGAAGAUAGAAAAGGUAGAGAGAGUAGAAGAGAAACCAGCAACAGUCCAAGAACUACCAAAGCAAGAAGAAAAGAAAUCAGAAAAAGUAAUGGAAAGGACCGGUUCCGUCAAGAGAAUUGAAACGAAACAAGAAAAGGCCGAAGCGAAGAAGCAAGAGAAGCUAGAGAAGCAGGAGAAAGCAGAAAUCAAGAAGCAAGAGAAGAUUGAAGCGAAAAAGACAGAAGUUAAGAAGUAUGAAGGUUUGAAGAAACAGGAGUCAUUGGAUGCAAUCAAGUGUCCAGAGGUAGAGGCGAGCGGCGAAGCUCGCAGUAAGAACAGUAUGGUGAGCAAGCUGCUCGGCGUGAUGGGCCGCAAGGGGACACGGGACCGCGACGACGAGGACCACCGCAACAAGAAGACAGACAAGCACGCUAAGAAGAAGAGCAGCAACCCUAACCCACCUAAUCAACAACCGCCUAAGCAGGCAGAACCGCAGUCUACAGACAAACAGAGCGACAGAGAUACAGACGAUAAACGUGCGAGAAAGGGACGUGGGAGAGCCUCCAGCUCUUCUUCAGGCGAGAAGUAAGUGACUCCUCUGCGGUAGAGUGAGACGGAACUAUGUUUAACGUGGUGUAGAAAGAGAUAGAACUGUUUUUCCCUGUAGCUUCUUAGUGAAAAGAUCAGGGAUGUGUGAAAGAGACGGCGGCGCUGGUACGCAAUUGUGAACAUUAGAGUUAGAAAGAGAGAAUCGAUAAAAACCGUAUAAGGCACAAAGGUUUAUAAACCAAUGGAACGCUGUUAUACUUUGAAAUAAUUGGUAUUACUUAAUAAUUAGCUUUUUAGUGUUUACUGUUGGACCUCUUAAACUUGUGUGGUGUGUACACGCGACUUUGAACUCUGCAAGAAGUGACAUGUCUUAUAAAACUAUAUUUCUACUGCUUAUACUAUCUUUGUCUAUCUUAUAAUACUAAAAUCAAAUAUUUGAGAGAAAUUAUAACUUUCUCUCUAGCCAUGGUCACUUCAAUCAAGUUUUUUGUCGCGUGAAAAAUAAUUGAAACUUUUGGAAUUGUGGGCGUGUUCAAUUUAGACGUAAAGGAGGGACAAGUAUAGGAGUUAUAGUGAGAUGAAAUGAAUAAGAUAUAUUUUGAUCGAUUCGUCUUUAAAAUCUGUGUUCUCUUGGAUUUAGGUAGUUUAAGGUUGAACUUACGGAGGUCAUUGACCCGCCAGUUUUCAAAUCGGUGUUCGGUGUUGUGUAUUAAAAAAUAAAUUAAAAAUGUAACAAAAAAAUCGCUGUAAGCUUCCCUAGACUGUGUAUAGCUUUAGUCUUGUUAUAAGGUAAAAAAUAAUAAUUUCUUUUCGGUAAAUUCGUUCAAAAAAGAUAUUGUUUUCCAGUAUUACAAUGUUGAGGCGUAAAAAACUUUAUUUAGUAUUUUUUAAAUAAUUAAUUACGUAAUUAAACAUGGAAUUGUUGCUGACACGCUUGUUUCUUUUAUUAAAAAAAAAGGAUGUAAUUAUUUCUGUAAUCGAAAAAAAAAGUUUUUAUUAAUCUCAACUGUAGUUUAGUUUCGAUUUAGAUGAUUUGUAAUUUAGAGAAUGUAUUGUGAUAUAUUUUUAAUGCUUCGUAGGUUUUAUAGUACUCUAUCUAGUAGAUGUUGUACUAGACGCCAGGUGGAAUAACUAAUUUUGAGUCGAAUAAACAUCAUACUUCUUUGCUGGACCGGAAGCAUAGAAUAAAGAAUAAUACUACAUAUAGAAGGGACAAUCUCCGCCCCGCACCAAUUCUUACACCCCUUCUGGGUCUUCAUCAUCACUAAUUUAAGAACCACGCUCUUGUCGGUGUAGCAUUCUCUAUGCUAUUUUUUAGUUUCCCUUUACCUUCCGUCCCGCAGUACUCAGUCUGACGCGAGUGGGAUGGCGCCCAGAGCAGUCUAUUUCAAAGCCAUACUAGGACUCCUGUCAUCCGCCUCUGAAUAGUACUGACAGUUACUGCUGCCCUCUGUCAGGUUCCAGGUUACAGUUCUUAUGACUCGCCUCUUCCGUCCUGCAUUGCCGCACUGAUGGCUCCUCUCCGCCUCUGUAACCGUUGAGGUCUUCAUCCAUAUCCCUAGGCAAGGGUUCUACGUUGUGCCCCAUAAGUCUGGGUCUUACUUCAGUCUAAAUGCUCUUAGUAGGAGUAAGCGGGAGCGAGCGUGGACUGUCUAUCUCGUUUGCACUUACGUAGUAAGGUGACUCAUGCAAAAAAUGAGAUUUUUGUAUGGACUGUCCGGGAUGUGAUUCCGGUUCAGUACAUGAUACUAUGAAAGGUAAAAUAAAAGUAUUCUCACUUCACUUAAAAGCGGACCUGGCCUCAUCAUAGUGUUGCCAUUGGAAUCCCCAACAUUGUAACGACUUUUAUUAUUGAAAAUUAAAUAACAUACUAUCUAACCUAACUAUUUAUCAUCCCUUAUCACGUAUACAGGGUGUAAGUGACAUCGUAACGAAAAUUUUGAGGGAUGAUUCAGACCGUGAUUCUGAGUUGAUAUCAAGUGGAAUUUUCUAUCGCAAAGGUAUAGAAUUUAACAUAAUUAAACAACAGAAAUAACAUGGAUUUUGCGACGGAAAAUUCCACUUGAUAUUACUCAGAAUCAUGGUCUUAAUCCAUCCCCCUCAGUAUUCGUUACGAUGUCACGGACAUCCUGUAUAAUAUUAUUAAAACUGUAAGUAAGAGUUUUAAUAAGAGGUCAAAAUUGCUCCGUAAAAAAUAAAUUAAAAACAUUAGUCGGGGGUAAUUUAUUUUACCUAUUGGCAACAUUAUAGUACGAUGAUACGCUUACGGUAGUCGUCAAACUGUCACUAACGGGAAUACACUACUGAACACGGUUCAGUAGAGUUGCAUAAAGAAUUAUUUUCCUCAUUAUUUCUCCAAUAACCGUUAUCCAGUUGGCGUAAAGUACAUCAUCCCCUUCACCGCUUUUUAACGCGUUACUUUUUACUGUUUGCUGUUUUUUUCUCAUAAAUUAAUUCCAAUUGUACUUUUACGUUUUCCUGAUGUUUUUUGUGAUUUGUUUUUUUUUAUUAUUAUUAUAGAUAUGUACUUGCGAGUCGAACGAUUGUAGCGACAUAGUUGAACACGAAUUUAAUAAAAUAAAAUAUGAUAAUUUUUAAACGAUGAGUUAACAUGAACAUAAUAUAGAUAUAUUUAACGGUCAUUUAUAGGUACUGGACAUCCCAUUUAUUUUCAUUAGUGCCAUACGAAGCCUCCAAUUUAUGUUUAGAAUUCAACGCUUGUCUUUAGACACAUUUUCUAAGCUUGGUAGUGUCGUCUCAGCACGGAUAACAUAACAUAAGUUCGCGACUGUAUCCCAAUUGGGUUUACGACAUCCAUCACAAGAGGAACUAAGCACCCACACCUCACCGAGCUUUCUGUGAGCCGUGUCGCUGUCUAUAACGAAAACGGCGGUAUUCAUUAAGGCGUUACCAUUCUACCCGUUCCAUUAGGUCCGAUUGAGUCAUGUCAGGGGCCUUUGGCGGCAGGGUUGAUGAGGUUGGUAAUCCACUUCACGACCGACACGAUAGAAGAAGAUUGGGUCCGAUGCACCGGUUGAAGGUAUAAAAUGUGGGACGAAAUCGUGGCCCAGACCACGCGAUGUGUUAUUACAAUGUCAGAUCCCGACGAAUCGGUCCCGAUGGAUUGGGUAGUGAGGCCUUUACUUGGCUUUACGGGAUAAUGACAGGGCUCUUACUCAGUAAUUUAAAACACAUGCCUGAGGGUGACCAAGUAUCAAAAAUCUUGGCUCAGGGCGUUUCCUAAGAUAUCACGUAGUUGAGAAACAUUGAGAGCUAGAUUAUUUAUCAUUUGGGAAAUUUCAAGAGUGAUAUGACAAUUGUUUAAAAGACUUUUAAGUUUAGAUUUACUUUCCUUUGGCGACAUGAACUAUAUGAUUAUACAUACCUCUUUUAUUUGCUUUUGCACUUUUAUUAUUCUUUUGAUAUUCAAGGACAUUGACCACGGCCUUUCAUUCAUAAUAAUUUGAUAUUUGAUAUCGGAGCAUCGGAUGUAAGCGUAUUGUUCUUGAUAGUGUUAAUAUAUAUUUUGCUAGUUUUCACCUUAAGGCCUUGCGUGGACGAUGGUGCGGUAUUUUUGACCGCGAAGCAUUGAACGCGUGCUCAGCGUGAACUCUUUGACCGCCGUGUGCGUUGGUAGUAUACGAUUCUCUUUGUUGUAUCGUCCGCGGCGAAAUAAGCUAGUUGAAACUCCUAAUCAAAGGAGAUACUUUUUACGAAACGUCAAAACAAAAGCUCUUGGAGUUUGUAUGGAAAUACUAUUCUGUGACGUCAUCAAUAAAAUCUGUCAAACGUACUCAUUGUUACUUAAUUCAUGAAUACAAUUCGAAAAUAAGUUAGUCUCUUUUGAUCAUCUUAGACUGGCUUCUAUUUCUAGAUUAGUAUUUUAAAAUUUUUCUUCGAGUCAAAUACCUUAUUAUCCGGCCGGCCCCGCAGCGUCGUCUACUCAUGCUCCAAGUGAUGUUUUUUUUUUCUAAAAUUGGAGGCUUAUUCAGUUUAAGUCACGUCUUCCUUACUUCUGUGUUACCUGUUGCUUAGUAAACGUUGGGUUUUCUGUUUCUUUAGGUAAUAAAUACUAUAAAAACUUUUCGAUGAAAUAUGUAAUCGAAAUCUUACGUACUUGUAUGAUGCGAUCUCAAUAACGAUAAAAAUGUUUUAACAUUAAACGAAUAAAAUGUACUACGUUUUUAAUUUGUGGUGGGUUUAUAUUAUAUAAGGCGAUUUUAAGUAAUUUCGAAAUGAGCAUUUGGGAAUCAAACGAAAACGAAGAUUUUAGUUCUUAAAUUAUAUUAAAAUACAUGAAAAUGCAUGGCGUGUGAGUUGUCUACAAAUCCGGCUAUGAUAACAGGGGAUUAAAAUGGCCACAUCGAAGCAAUUCAUCUAAGACAGCAAUAUUGCUAUUUGACAUUUGUUUGCAUUGCGCACUUUCUUAGAUGAAUUGCUUCGAUGUGGCCAUUUUAACCUGCCAGUUCAUAUUUCGAACAUCUAAACAUUCCAAAAAGGAUAGCAUCAUUAUUUUUGCAUGCCUAAUUUUGUUUCUCCCUCUAACACCGCAAUAUGAACGUACUUUCGUUGUAAUUCAUAAAGUAAUUAUGAAGACAUUUUACCGUGUGUAAAAUUGUAUUGUAUCAAUAGGCCACUUGUCUAUUCUUGCAUGGAUGCAAGAAUGAAUAAGUGAUCUAUUUUCAUAUUGUAUUAUUCUAUAUCUAAUCAGUAACAUAUAGUUUCAUUUGCUGAAAUCAAUGUAUGACCAUGACAACCUUUUCCAAUAAGGUAAUUUAAUAGAUACAUGUUGCAAACAUUUUUCAGUCUUGAAAUUAAUUAAUUGGAAAAUAAAUUAAAUUAACAUGAUUAUAAUUCAAUUUCAGGAUUAAAAAAAAAAUAUUUGAGAUAAUAACAAAUAUCUAUAGUCAUGAGCAAUAUCGUGUACUCACUUUAGAACCCUGUCGCACAUUAAUAUUUGUUAUUUAAUAAGACUUACGGUUUAAUUUGUCAAAGAAAGUUAAUGUGACAUGGUUUCAAAGUGUAUACAUAUUAUUAUUAGUAAUCGUGACCGUACUGUUUUCGUAUUUUCCUUUGUGGUAUGCCAAGAUAAUUAGGUUUGGUUGUGUAAAUACUCAUCGGUUUAAUGUAAAUUUUACGCAUAAAUUCUAGUUGUGUUUAAUUGUUUACGUGCAUGGAAUUACAGGGUAUAAAUGUGGACACAUUUACCUGGAAAAAGUUAUAAUUUUAUUUAAUUUUAACAUGAAUAAUAUGGAACAAUCGACAGUUUGAAUUACGUAGAAUUGCACCGCGCUGUAAGUAUCGGUAAUUAUUUCGAAGACCAAAAAGUUGCAAUGAAUUUUUGUAGUUUAUUAUUAUCAGAUCGUCGGCAUGAGUUGUUUUUGGGACCAGCUUUUGAAUUUCGUAACAAUUCAAUUUGUCGUUUCAAAAAUAUGUAAGGGUGUGUUUGAAUUUGUACAGGCUAGCAGAAAUUUGGCGUUUCUAAGAUCUAGUAGCUUUAUACUGUUAGGCCCAUUAGGGCUUAGUACACAACAAUCUGUGUCAUCUAAUUUACAGUGUCUGCUUUUAUGUUUUAAAUCAGAAUUCGAGCGCACUCAAAUGUUUGUUUUCAUACGUAAUUCAUAAGGACCGAUUUAGGCUAAGUUCUUGGUGACGGCACGGCAAUGUGACUUUGCUGGCAACUUUAUAUAUGCAACGAGGGACUUU